AUGGACUCUUCAAGUUCACGAUUGGAUACCGAGGGUCAAUUUGACGGUGCUUUAACCCAACAAGACGACCAUCAAAAUGAUGUGGGUGACAAAAUUGAAGAACCGAAGGAUUUAACGACGUUUAUUUCAGAUGAAGAGUUGAGUGAUAAGGAUGAUGAGAAAGUUGAAGAACCAAAGGAUUUAAUGACUUUUAGUUCAGAUGAAGAGUUGAGUGAUAAGGAGGAAAAUGUGGUCUUACCUGUGGUGUUAAAGGAUGAUGAGAAAAUUGAAGAACCGAAGUCAUUAAUGACUUUCAGUUCAAUAGAAGAAGUUUGCUCUUAUUAUAGGAGGUAUGCUAAGCAAGCUGGGUUUGGUGUAGCUCAUAGAACUUCGAGAAAAACGAAUGGCAGAAAAAGUUACGUAGUGCUUAUAUGUACUCGUGGAGGUGACGAGCGAGCUACAAAUGAUGUUGCGAAGCCAAUUCCAACAACUAAUAGAACAAGGUGUGGUGCUAGGAUUUGUGCGAAAUUAUGUGGUGAUGGAACGUGGUUUUUGAGUAAAGUUGAGUUGACGCAUAAUCAUUCGUUAAGUCCGGGUAAAGCAAGAUUUUUUAGAAGCAAUAGGAAAAUCAAUGAUGCUGCAAAAAGAAGACUUGAGCUAAAUGAUAGAGCAGGAAUACGUCUGAGUAAGAAUUUCAAUUCGUUACGAAAUGUUUUUUGGGCGGAUGCACGGAGUAGGGCAGCAUACGAUUACUUUGGAGAUGUUAUUACGUUUGACACAACGUAUUUGACCAAUAGCUAUGACAUGCCAUUUGCUCCUUUUGUAGGAGUGAAUCAUCAUGGUCAAUCUAUACUUUUGGGGGCAGGACUAAUUUCAAGCGAGGAUACAGACACAUUUGUGUGGUUGUUUAAAUGUUGGUUGGAGUGCAUGAAUGGCCAAGCCCCUAAAGCAAUUAUAACAGACCAGGAUAGAGCUAUGAAAAAUGCAAUUGCUAUUAGUGCCAUAAAUAAAUGUUUGUAUGACUCUCAAACAUGUGAAGAAUAUGAGGAAAACUGGAAAGAUCUACUGGAGAAGUAUAACCUUCAUGAUAAUGCAUGGUUGAAUGGGUUAUAUAAGGAUAAGACAUUUUGGGUGCCGGCAUACAUGAAAGAUACGUUUUGGGCGGGAAUGAACACUACACAGCGAAGUGAAAGUAUGAACGCAUUUUUUGAUGGUUACGUGCACUCACGAACCACAUUAAAAGAAUUUGUUGAUGAAUAUGAUAAUGCUUUGAGGAGAAUGGUCGAGAGUGAGGCACGUGCUGAUUUUGAUUCUUUCAAUCGCACAAUCUCAUGUAUAAGCGCCUUGCCGUUAGAGAAACAGUUUCAAGUUGUCUACACAAAUGCGAAGUUCAAAGAAGUACAUGAGCAGUUUGUGAAAAUGAUGUCCUGUAAUAACUCUCAUCUCAAAAGUGAAGGUGCAAUUUCCACGUUUGAAGUUAUUGAAUAUGUUGUCGUUGGAGACCACUUAAUAGAAAAAAUAUUUCUUGUUUACUUCAAUGAAGAUGAAUUGGAAGUGAAGUGCACAUGUGCAUUGUUUGAAGUAAGAGGCAUCUUAUGUAAGCAUUCACUUUCCGUGUUACGGACAAAGAAAGUGACAACUUUGCCACAAAGAUAUGUUCUUGAUAGAUGGAGGAAGGAUAUUAAGCGAGAGUACUCGAAGGUUAAGAGUAGUUAUGAUGCCAUUGGUGAUAAUCCACAUGCCCAAAUAUAUGACAAGGUGAGAAACAAUUUUGAGGAAUUACUGUCGCUCGCAUCAGAAAACACUGAGGAACGUUGCAUGGAACUAAUGAAAAGAAUUGAUCAAAUGAAGGAGUUGUGGCGUUGCGAAAAUCAAGCUUCUGGCAUUCCAGCUACUGUUAGUUGUCAAAAGGUGCUUAGUCCUCAUAAGGUUACUUGUAAAGGGAGGCCAAGAACAAAGAGAAAGGUGUCUGUUAUAGAAACAGUGGUAAAGAAAUCUAAUGUAUCAAGCAAGCCACCAAGAGACAACAAUGCUAAAACGAAGAGACGAAAAAAUCAAGCCUCGAAAUCAACGGAAAAUCAAGGCAAUACUAGUCAAUCUCCGUUGCCUUCUGUACCUUCUGCAACUCAAUCUCCGUUGCCUUCUGUACCUUCUGCAACUCACGAUCAUAGUACUCAGGAUUCCGUCGCUUCGUCAUCGACAGUUGCUCACACCUUCAGUGGUCACCAUCAUUCUAUUCUUUCUCAGGUGAAUUUGUCGAUUGACCCCAUAAAUCUGUUGUCCACAAUGAUAAGCCAACACAAAUACCAAGAGGCUUUAACUACAGCCUUACAAAUGCGUGAUGUGUCAAUUGUGAAUUGGAUUUGCUCCCAGGUCUUGACUAUGGAUCCUCUCCCUUUGAGUCAAGAAGUAUUGGUUCAAUUGUUGUGGUUUUUACCAUAUUGUAUCAAUACCAAGCCAGCCGUAAUAAUUGCUUGGAUGACACACGUUUUUAAUUCCAUAAUCCCAACUGAUCCGGCAAUUGAAAUGCAUGUGCGGCCCAUCUUCAAUCAAGUUUAUGCCGCACUCAACCAUAUAAGUGUCAUGCCCACAAUUACUGAUGCUGUGCGGUCAACUAUACGUCUUCUGAUGAAUGGUUUACUUCCACCUUGAGACAAAAAUGAUAGUUAAUGAGCUAAAAUGAAUAUUUUGUGUGGGAGUUGUAAUGGAUGGAGCUAGCUUUCAGAUGGACUCCUGGAUGUAAUGGAGUUGUAAUGA